AUUUCGGGGCGACCCUCUUCUUGGCGUAGAGUUUUCAGAUUGCUCUUGGGAACGAUGCCGAAAGUAGUGUCUCGGUCAGUAGUCUGCUCUGACACUCGGGACCGGGAGGAAUAUGACGACGGCGAGAAGCCCCUCCAUGUUUACUACUGUUUGUGCGGCCAGAUGGUCCUAGUGCUGGGUGAGUAGCCGGGAACUGCGGGGGCGUCUGCAAGGAGCCAGACUUCGGGUUCUUGAAGGCGAAUUUCCUCUGGCUGUGAUCUGGGAGCCACUUCUCAACGAAGAUUGACUGCCAGUUAGAGAAAUUGCCCAUGAGGCCCCGGGACCGGUCCCGUGUGAUUGAUGCUGCCAAACAUGCCCAUAAGUUUUGUAACACAGAAGAUGAGGAGACUAUGUAUCUGCGGAGACCUGAAGGCAUUGAACGACAGUACCGGAAGAAAUGUGCAAAGUGUGGACUGCCGCUCUUCUACCAAUCCCAGCCAAAGAAUGCUCCUGUUACCUUCAUUGUGGAUGGAGCAGUAGUCAAGUUUGGCCAGGGCUUUGGGAAAACGAACAUAUAUACUCAGAAACAAGAGCCUCCUAAGAAGGUGAUGAUGACCAAACGGACCAAAGACAUGGGCAAGUUCAGUUCUGUCACCGUGUCUACCAUUGAUGAAGAGGAAGAGGAGAUUGAGGCUAGGGAAGUUGCUGACUCAUAUGCACAGAAUGCCAAAGUGAUUGAAAAACAGCUGGAGCGCAAAGGCAUGAGCAAGAGGCGACUACAAGAGCUGGCUGAAUUGGAAGCCAAGAAAGCGAAAAUGAAGGGGACCUUGAUUGACAACCAGUUCAAAUAACCAGGCCUUUUUCUGAGCCCUAGACUAGAGGCAAGCAUUUAGAUCAGGAGGCAAAGUAAUUUCUUGAUUACAUAGACGGAUUCCUAUUUAUGCCCUAGCAGAAGGCUUUACGUUGUUUCCCAUUGAUUCUCCUACAUUCAGUGAGGUCUUUAACUGAGUCCGUUUAACUUGCUUUCUUUUUUUUUUGUUUUUGAGACAAAGUCUUGCUCUUUCGCCCAGGAUGGAGUGCAGUGGUGCGAUCUCGGCUCACUGCAACCUCCGCCUCCCGGGUUCAAGCAGUUCUCCUGCCUCAGCCUCCUGAGUAGCUGGGAUUACAGGCAUGUGCCACCACGCCUGGCUAAUUUUUGUAUUUUUAGUAGAGACGGGUUCCACCAUGUUGGCCAGGCUGGUCUCGAACUCCUGACCUCAAAUGAUCCACCCACCUUGGCCUCCCAAAGUGCUGGGAUUACAGGAGUGAGCCACCGUGCCCAGCCUUGCCCUGCUUUCUAGGAGAUGGAGUUUUCUGAAUUUUUCUGUAUUUAGGUUUUCUGUACUAUUUUUUGUCCACUUGAUGCAAACUUCUUCAGCUGUGUAGAAACUUUAUGAAUAGAUGAGUGCUUGAGUGUCUCCAGUCUCUAAAGUGGCUGCUUUUAUUCUUUCUUCAAAGUUAAUAACAUGUUGCAAGAUUUUUGGACAAAAUAUUAUGGUGUGUCAUAGGAAAAGCACCAUGAAUUAUAUUUAGGUAUAGCAAGUCAGAUCCUUUGAAGUGACUCUGUCUCUGUUCUUAGAAGGGUUCUUGGAAUUGGCUGUGGUUUGAAUCUUUCUACUGUCAGAGGAGACCCAUUAAAAGCCAGAAUCUGCAUAAAGCUUUCUUUACUUCAAACACUGAAGCUGUAGGCGAGCCAUCCCGUAUCGACUUUAUACUCAAAGAAGGAAAAGCCAGAUUGCAGUGAGUGGGUAGGACAGCUCAGAUCCAAAUGAAAGUAGGGUCUCAAGUAACCCAAGGGUGGCCGGGUAUGGUGGCUCACGCCUGUAAUCCUAGCACUUUGGGAGGCAGAGGCGGGCAGAUUGCCUGAGCUCAGGAGUUUGAGACCAGCCUGGGCAACAUGGUGAAACCCUGUCUCUACUAAAAUACAAAAGAAAUUAGCCAGGUGUGGCGGCAUACCCCUGUAGUCACGGCUACUUGGGAGGCAGAGGCAGGAGAAUUGCUUGAACUCGGGAGGUGGAGGUUGCAGUGAGCUGAGAUUGCACCACUGUACUCCAGCACUCCAGCCUGGGCGACAGAGUGAGACUCUGUCUCUACAAAAAAAAAAAAAAAAAAGUAACCCAAGGGAGGGAGCUACCCUCUAGUCGGGCAGCUGAUACUGCUUCCUUGCAUGGAUACAUGGGAGGGAGACGUUAUAGAUUAAGAAAUGAUAGCAAGAUAAACAAAAUGAUUUGUUGGGUAUCUUCUACUUUACAUUUGCUAUUUGCAGAGGAGUGUUGUAUAUAUAGAUGUUAUUUUAUGUCACACUGCUUCAGUGAUACCUAUAUCCAUGUGUUUGUAUCCAUGUUUUUAUCCAUUCAACUGUAUUAAAAGGUGUUGGGACAGGA